CCUCAGCAUCAAAUUUAUCAUGUACUCUUGGUGGUUAAGAUAAGAAUUCACCUCUCCAAUGUCUGUAAUAUUCUCUGUUUUCCAAUAACACUUAAAACAUACUACCAGAUAAAUCCAGUUAACAUUAAAUUGGAUGAGCUCCAGAAAGUAGGAGUACAGUGCUUUUACCAUAACUCUUAUCUGGUGAAGUGGGCCAACGUGAUCUUCCUCUGCUGCCUGCCUUCUCAGCUGCCCAAUAUCUGCUUAGAAAUUCAAAGCAGCCUUGAGAAAACCUGCAUUGUGUUCAGCUUUACAGCUGCCAUCCCAAUAGCCAGGUUGAAACUACUACUGAACCACACCAAUAUCUUGCGGCCUCAGUAUCAGUGUGCUGGUGAUUUUGUCAACAUCUGGGGGACCAAUAAGAAAAUCACAGCUGCUCUCCAAGAUCCUGUGAUUCUUCGGGCUACCUGCCCUUACAGUCCUGCUGGGGGAAUAACCCUUAACAUCAAAUGGCUGGAAGGAGUUUUCUACGCAGCCAUAAACACCUGUACAGCAAAGAGCAUGUACCAUUCAGAUGUGCUGCAGCUUUUGAGUAAACUGUUUCUCUCUGUGCACUUUAAAGACUGUGAUGAAGAAAGUGCAUCCUUCCCAAAAUUUCAAUUAACAGAUUUUGUCAGCAAAAUUUAUGCCAAGAACCUACCUCAGAAAAGUUCUUUCCCUUGGUUUGACCUGACGGCUGUGCAACUCAAGGAAACUCCCUUUAGCCAACAUCUUUCGAAGAAUACUGCUCUCCAAGACCACCUUACACUUCUGUACUGUAUUUCAUUUGGCAUCUCUCUAACCAAAGAACUGCGGGUGGUUUCCACUGGUUCUUCAUCCCAAGAAGAGAUGAGACCUCAGGAACCAGAUGUUUUCUCUGCCACAGGUUAACUCUAAAAUGGGUAUGCCCUGAUCGUCACACCUGGCUGUGGGAGUCAUGUAACUGUAGUGUGUUUGCCACAUUUGCCAUAAAUUCAGCACUAAGGAUUUAGAAAACUGUAGUGAUGGUUCUUUAAAAUGUGGAAUAAAACAAGAGGUCCUUUACUUCAGUAUACUUGGGUAUGUCUGGCUUUAGGAAGCAACCAAAUAAAACCACACAGCCUAACCCACUUAAGUAAGUUGCUUUGUCAGGAAGACCUUGUUAAUAGAAACUAUUUCUCUAAAGCUAAAUUCAAGAAGUUAUAAUGUCAUUAGACAGUUAUAUGCUGCAGCUUCUUUUCCUGUAGCAGUUCAUAGCUGGAAAAUGAUACAGCUUGAUUUACCUACCAUUUUUGAUAGAGAACUAAAAUGUACAGUAAACUACUUUAAUUAAAUUUUGACUCAUUUCAUGUUUAUUUCGGCUAAAUAUGACUCUUCUGGUACUAUCUUAUUUAAAGAUGUUCCCAUCAUUUAAAAAAAUAGCUGGUAUUUGUAUUAAAUGUUUAAAAAUAAUUUUGCAAAAUAUAGAUCUUAUUUCUACAAUGCAAAUUUGUUCCCUAUAUGUUUUACAAAUACUUACUGUCAAUUAUAAAAAUUGAGUAGAAAACAGUAGUAACUCCGUAAGUUGGAAAGGAUGUUACUUAACUAUGCUCUGUCUUUAAACCAAACACUGCUAAAUGCAAAAGUGCUUUUGAAUAAAGCCACUCAUGAUAAGAUGUAAAUCACUGUGAUCUUAGGUUGUUAAUCAUUUACAUUUGAUUUUUGCAUAAUUGGAAGCCAAGCAAAUUCAGUAGUAUGGUGCUAGAAUGGUUUGCUAAAAUCUUAUCAGUGUAGUUUGGGAAAACAUUAGGUUCAUCACCAAAUAUUGACACUUGGCAUGAAUGCUAAUUUGAGGCACUUUCUUUCUCUCCAUGGAAAAAAAGAAACAAUUUCUUUGACCAUUCAGAUGUAUGGAACUGGACAGGGUACAUCAUUGCUGUUCUGGAUUAUGCUAGCCCUACAGUGGUCCUUAGGAUUAAGAAAUGAGAUAGAGAGGAGAAAGAGCAGUUAAGUCUCUGAAACUUGAGGGGAA